AUUGGAUGGGAUUAGUUUUAGGACAAAGUAGAUACAUCAAGUAAUUAAAAGUUUUUUAUCGCUCUCUUUUGAUGAUGUGUGAAUUAAAAAGUAUUCAAAUUAGUAACUUGUAAAUACAGCAUAUAAGCUUUUCAAGCAUAAAUGGGCAAGUCAUGGGGUCAAUCCAAGUAGUGUCAACAGACCCCAGGCACUUGCCAAUAAUUGUUGGUAGCAGUCCGCCCUCAGGUGUCAGUAGUUCUGACACUUAGCAAACACUAGGGCAACGGGCAUACCCCGUAUCUUGAACUUGUCCUAUUGUUAGCUCUACAAUCUCAGUCAAAGGUUCAGUAACUCCUGAUAUGGCGACGACGCUGCAGCUAAUUAUGCUGGCUCUAGUGGGAGGCACCUUUGGUCAGGCCAAUAACACGGACUACAAGCUGGUUCUGGCCUCUAUUUUAGGCCAGCUUGAGGGUUGCCUUGAACUUCAUCUAAGAAAUUCUGCGAAAGGAGACAACAAUCUGGUCCAGUUUUUGAUGAAGCUCAGAGAGAAUGCGCUUAAAAUUAGUCUGAAUCGGAAGGAAUUUCCAUCGGAUCUAAAAACUACUCGACAUAAUUUCUAUCUGUUUGGAAAUGUUCAGCAAAUGCAGGAUAUCCUGAUUAGUUUGGACAACACAGAUGGCUUUUACAUACUGGCUUUGGAGAAAUAUAAGCCUGAGGAUGAUGCAAUUUUAGUGGAUUUCAUGGCGAAAGCAUGGCUCCAGCAUGGACACAGUCGAAUUUACUAUGUUCAGAUGAGCUUAGAUCGCAUACUCCUCUACAAUCCCUUCAAACAGAGCUUAGUAGUGGUUCAAGAUCCCGAAGCUUAUGGACGAAUCUACAAUAAUCUUGAGGGUUAUCCUUUGAGAAUAUACAUCUUCGAUUCGGUUUACUCCAGUGUAAGAGGGGAUGGCGAAAACAACAAGGUUCUGAACGUAGCUGGGGCCGAUGCCAAGUUGGCCAAAAUCGUGGCCAGGCAAUUGAACUUUACGCCCCAAUAUCUCUGGCCGGAUGAUGAAUUCUUUGGAGGUCGCCUGGCGGAUGGAUCGUAUAGUGGUGGUGUGGGUCGCGCCCACCGUGGCGAAGUGGACAUAAUCUUCGCGGGAUUCUUCGUGAAGGACUACCUGACCACCCACAUCCAGUUUAGCGCAGCCGUCUACAUGGACGAACUCUGCCUGUACGUGCAAAAGGCGCAAAGGAUUCCGCAGUCUAUCCUUCCCCUUUUUGCUGUGCAUACAGAUGUGUGGCUGUGCUUCCUGAUGGUGGGUCUCGUUGGGUCCCUUGUCUGGCUUAUUCUGAGGGCUCUAAAUCUGGGACUGCGCAUCGAACGCAUACCAGAUGGGUCACUUACUACGGAGAUCAGUAAUUUUGGAGCAGCUCGUCGCAUUUUUAUCGACACUUGGGUCGUUUGGGUGCGGGUGAAUGUGGGUAGCUUUCCCCCAUUCCACUCGGAACGCAUCUUUGUGGCUUCCCUAUGCCUGGUGAGCGUGAUUUUCGGAGCGCUGCUGGAGUCCAGCCUGGCCACAGUUUACAUACGACCUCUUUACUAUCGGGAUGUCAAUACCUUAAGGGAACUGGAUGAGUCCGGCCGUCCCAUUUACAUUAAGCAUCUUGCCUUCAAGGACGACCUCUUUUAUGGCCACGAUUCGGAGGUCUAUCGUCGGCUGGAUGCCAAGAUGAUGCUGGUAGCCGAGGGCGAGGAGCGACUCAUUGAGAUGGUUUCCAAGAGAGGAGGUUUUGCGGGCGUAACCCGUUUUGCCAGUUUGCAGCUGAGUGACAUUCGAUACGUGAUGACCAAGAAAGUGCACAAGAUCCCCGAGUGCCCUAAAAACUAUCACAUCGCCUAUGUCCUGCCACGCCCAUCGCCGUAUUUGGAGGAGGUGAACCGGAUCGUACUCCGCCUGGUGGCCGGAGGAAUCGUGGGCUUGUGGACGGGCGAGGCGAAAGAGCGCGCCAAGUGGAGCAUCCAACGGUUUCCAGAGUACUUGGCCCAGUUGGACGUCGGGCGGUGGAAAGUGCUCACUAUUUCCGACGUCCAACUGGCGUUCUACGCCCUCACUAUCGGAUGUCUACUAUCGGCCGCUGUGUGCAUGGCCGAGGUCUUUUUAAAGCGCAAGCGAAUGUAUUAAAUUAUUUUUAAAGGUGUUGA